AUGAAAUCUACGCAGACGAUGGCAAGCAUUUUCACACGAUUAUUAUCGCUUCUUCUAAUUCACACAUGUUCUGCAAGACGGUAUUCUUCAGUUAGUGGCAGUAGUGGUACUAGUGCACUAUCCACUGAAGCUAUUAUAGGUCUUUCAGUGGCGGGUGGUGUUGUCUUCAUAGCACUAAUGAUACUGCUGAUCAUUUGCCGUGUGAAACUCAUCAAGAAUAGGAAACGAAGAAUAAAUGAUCGAUCACUAGCCGUACAAAUGGCGUUCGCUCAAGAAAAUCAAUACAAACCACCGAACUUUUCUCAGCCACCCCCACCACCUUACACUCAGCCAGUGCAGUAUUCUGGAUUUAAUACUCAAACAAGACCAACAAUAACGACAACGAUGACUCCAGUUUCAUGA